AUGCUGCUUCUCUCUCCCGUCGUCCUCCUAGCAGCGGCAGCUCUGCUUGCCACCAUCCAGCUCAUCCGGUGCCUCAGAUCGCCCUUGAGCAAAAUCCCGGGCCCAACUGUGUCCAAGUUUACGACUUUAGUCCUCAAGUGGAAAGAAAUCCAUGCCCAAAGAACCACCUACGUCCACCAGCUUCACCUGCAGUAUGGCCCAGUUGUCCGCAUUGCCCCUAACGAGGUGUCUUUUACGUCGUGGGAGGCCCUGAAAGAGAUUUACUGCUCCGGAGGUAGCGGGUACGACAAGACUGAAUUUUAUGACCUCUUCAAGAUUUACGGGAGAAGAACCAUGUUUACUACGUUGGAUAAAGCAGGUCAUGCCAAAAGGAAAAGGAUCCUUGCCGACCGCUAUGCUAACAGCAAUGUCAUGAAAAGUGCAUCCGUCACCGGGGUCCAAGAACGCUCGUCCAAAUUUCUUCGGCACUGUGUUUCAUCCCCGGGAGGUGUAGCAGAUAUCUUUGUAACCUUACACGCAUAUGCCUGUGACUGCAUUACUCACCACCUGUUUCAUCCCCAUGGAACCGACUGUAUUACAAACAAAGACGACGAGGAAAUGAUGCAUCAAGUAGCGGCAGACGACAGCCUGCAGAAUCGCCUCAUUUCGCAUUACGUUCCUACACUAUACCGUCUCUUCUCAAAGGUCCUAUACAUAUUCGCAAAGCCUCGAGAAACCCCCCUGGCAGACGACUUUGUGCUGGAAACCAGCCAGAUAAGCGGCCCGGCAUCAUUCACUCUCAUGAGCCGCUUCGAAGAAAAGUCGAGCGAUCUCGACUACAUCGACAAGGCGGCAGAAUGCCUCGACCACAUGGCUGCCGGCAUCGACACCACCGGCGACGGCCUAUGCUUCCUCCUGUGGGAACUAUCCCAACCACGAUCGCUCGGCUUCCAGCGCAAGCUUGCGGAUGAAUUGCACCAGAAUCCCGGAAUUCCCCUUGAUCGGCUCCCAUACCUCGACGCCGUGGUCAACGAAGGCCUGCGGUGCUUCCCGCCGAUCCCAAUGUCCCUGCCGCGGUACGUUCCGCAGGGGGGCCGCUCUGUUGACAACUUCUGGCUGCCCGAGCAGACGAUUGUGAGCUGCCAGGCCUAUUCGGUGCAUCGCCUCAACAGUGAUGUGUUCCCUGAUGGAGAUCGGUUUAACCCUGAUCGCUGGCUGGAGCAGGACGGAGAUGCAGACCGAAGGCGGAUGCAGUUUGCGUUUUCCAACGGAGGCCGAGGCUGUGUUGGAAAGCAUCUGGCCAUUAUCGAAAUGAAGACUCUGCUGCGAGACAUCUAUUCCAGCUACAGCACGACGCCGCACAAGUCUAUGAAGGCGGAGGAUAUGGCAAUGUCGGAUCAGCUGAUCUCAUCGAGGCCUCUGAGCCAGAAAUGCCUUCUUCAUUUCCACCCCCUCGACGUAAAUAGCCAGUAG